CAUCCCGGCCCCAGCGGGGUCUCCUCCCAGCCGGCCGCCUCCCUCGGGCCGUCUUGCACCCUCUGUGCCGACGAGGACACCUCGGAAGGCCCCGGCUGGGUGACAGGGGCCCCCUUGCCUUCCCCCGCCAGGCCUACGGAAGCGGUGCGGCCCCGGCGAUGGGGUGGCCCUGACGGGCGCCCGGCGAUCGGCGGGCAUGGCGGGAGCGCCCCGGGCGUAGGCCCUCCGCGGCCUGGGACGCCGGCCGGGACCUGAGGCGCCGUACCGAGGACCAAGCCGUCGCAGCCCGCAGCCCAGCCAGCCCAGCUGCCAGCCCUCGUCAUGCCUUGGCCGUUUUCGGAGUCCAUCAAGAAGAGGGCCUGUCGGUACCUCCUGCAGAGGUACCUGGGCCACUUCCUGCAGGAGAAGCUGAGCCUGGAGCAGCUCAGCCUGGACCUGUACCAGGGCACCGGCUCCCUCGCCCAGGUCCCCCUGGACAAAUGGUGUCUGAACGAGAUCCUGGAGUCAGGAGAUGCACCGUUGGAAGUCACUGAAGGAUUCAUCCAGUCCAUCUCCCUGUCAGUCCCGUGGGGCUCCCUGCUGCAGGAUAACUGUGCCCUGGAAGUAAAAGGCUUAGAAAUGGUCUUCCGCCCUAGACCUCGCCUAGCAACUGGUUCUGAGCCUAUGUACUGGUCGAGUUUCAUGACCAGCAGUAUGCAACUGGCAAAAGAGUGUCUUAGCCAGAAACUAACAGAUGAACAAGGAGAAGGAACUCAGCCUUUUGAAGGACUUGAAAAGUUUGCUGAAACCAUUGAAACAGUACUAAGAAGAGUAAAAGUCACUUUUAUAGACACUGUUUUGAGAAUUGAACACGUACCAGGAAAUUCCCAAACUGGAACUGCGCUUGAAAUUCGCAUAGAAAGAACUGUUUACCAUGAUGAAACCGCGGAUGAUACCUCCGGAAUGAAUGUGCACCAGCCCACAGCUUUUGCUCACAAGUUACUUCAGCUCUCUGGGGUGUCUCUCUUCUGGGAUGAGUUUCCUGCAUCAGCAAAAUCAUCCCCAGUGUAUUCAACUGCACCAACGGAAACUGAGCCAAAGCUGUCGCCUAGCUGGAACCCUAAAAUUGUUUAUGAGCCACACCCACAACUAACUAGAACUUUACCAGAGGUAGCACCAUCUGACCCAGUGCAGAUUGGAGGGUUGAUGGGUAGGUUGGAGUUGAGUCUCACGUUGAAACAGAAUGAAGUACUUCCUGGAGCAAAGUUGGAUGUUGAUGGACAGAUAGACGCUAUUCAUUUAUUCCUGUCGCCAAGACAGGUGCACUUGCUUUUGGACUUGCUAGCAGCCAUUGCUGGACCAGAAAAUUCUAGCAAAAUAGGAUUGUCUAACAAAGAUAGAAAAAAUCGACCCAUGCAGCAAGAAGACGAGUAUCGAGUUCAGAUGGAGUUACACCGGUAUUAUUUAAGAAAAGACUCCCUCGAUGUGGGCGUAUCUUCAGAGCAGAGCUUUUAUGAGACAGAAGCAGCGCGUACACCUUCUAGCCGUGAAGAAGAGGUUUUCUUCUCCAUGGCUGAUAUGGACAUGUCUCACAGUCUCUCCUCUCUUCCACCCCUCGGAGACCCCCCAAAUAUGGACCUUGAGUUGUCGUUAACCAGUACAAAUACAAAUACCCCAGCAGGAUCUCCACUGAGUGCUACUGUGCUUCAACCAACUUGGGAAGAUUUCCUUGAUCGUCAUAAAGAACAGCCAGCAAGAGGGUCACCAUUUCCACCCAACCUCAUUCACCCAACACCUUUACAGAAGACUGCUCUCCCAUCUAGACCCGUUUCCACGGAUGAGUCCAGGCCUGAACUUAUUUUUAGACUAGCUGUGGGAACUUUUUCAGUCUCAGUGCUUCACAUCGAUCCUUUAUCUCCACCUGAAACGUCCUUGAACCUUAACCCAUUGACGCCCAUGGCCGUAGCUUUCUUUACUUGUAUAGGAAAGAUUGAUCCAGCAAGAUUUUCCACAGAAGACUUUAAAUCUUUCCGAGCAGUGUUUGCAGAAGCUUGUUCACAUGAUCACCUCCGAUUUAUAGGUACUGGCAUCAAAGUCUCCUACGAACAAAGACAAAGAUCAGCCUGCAGAUACUUUGGUACUGACAUGUCCAUUGGGCAGAUGGAGCUCUUGGAGUGCCUGUUUCCAAGUGAUUUUCAUUCUGUUUCUCCUCACUAUACAGAGCUUUUAAUGUUCCAUUCCAAAGAAGGGACUGAUUCACACCCCCCUGCAUGUCUUCAGCUUCAUUAUAAGCAUUCUGAGAACAAAGGACCCCAGGGUAGUCAAGCAAGACUUAGUUCAGUUCCUCAGAAAGCAGAAUUACAAGUUAAAUUAAAUCCUGUAUUUUGUGAACUGGAUGUCAGCAUUGUGGACAGGUUAAAUUCCUUGCUUCAGCCGCAAAAACUCACUACGGUAGAGAUGAUGGUGUCACAUAUGUGUACUUCGUAUAAUAAACAUAUUAGUCUGCACAAGGCUUUCACUGAAGUAUUUCUAGAUGAUUCACAUAAUCCUGCAAAUUGUCGGAUAUCAGUACAAGCUGCCACACCAGCAUUAAACCUUUCUGUUCGCUUCCCAAUACCUGAUCUUAGAUCAGAUCAAGAAAGAGGACCGUGGUUUAAGAAGUCGCUUCAGAAGGAGAUCCUUCACUUAGCCUUCACAGAUCUAGAAUUUAAGACUGAAGUCGUAGGAGGAUCAACCCCAGAACAAGCUAAACUGGAACUUACCUUCAGAGAACUGGUCGGGUCAUUCCAGGAAGAUAAAGGAGAACCAUCUAUUAAGUUUUUCCACGUGUCUAGUGGAGUAGAUGGAGAUAUAACAUCGUCAGAUGACUUUGACUGGCCACGAAUUGUCCUGAAAAUCAACCCCCCAGCCAUGCAUUCCAUCUUGGAGAGAAUGGCAGCUGAGGAGGAAGAAGAGAAUGAGGGUCACUAUCAGGAAGAAGAGGAUGGGGGUGCUCACUCCCUGAAGGACGUUUGUGAUCUAAGAAGACCAGCCCCGUCUCCUUUCUCUUCUCGUAGAGUGAUGUUCGAGAACGAGCAGAUGGUGAUGCCAGGAGACCCUGUAGAAAUGACAGAGUUUCAGGAUAAAGCAAUGAGUAAUUCUCACUACGUGCUGGAACUUACGUUACCAAAUAUUCACAUAACACUACCUAAUAAGAGCUUUUAUGAGAAGCUUUAUAACAGGAUCUUCAAUGACUUACUACUGUGGGAACCAACAGCUCCUUCACCAGUAGAGACGUUUGAAAAUAUCUCAUAUGGUAUUGGGCUCUCAGUAGCCAGUCAGCUGAUUAAUACCUUCAACAAAGAUAGUUUUAAUCCAUUGAAAUCUGCAGUUCACUAUGAUGAGGAAAGUGGAUCUGAGGAGGAGACUUUGCAGUAUUUUUCUACUGUUGAUCCCAACUAUCGUUCCCGAAGGAAGAAAAAAUUAGACUCUCAGAACAAGAACUCACAGAGCUUUCUCUCGGUUCUUCUGAAUAUUAAUCACGGAUUAGUGGCCGUAUUCACAGACGUAAAGCAAGAUAAUGGAGAUCUGUUGGAAAACAAGCAUGGUGAAUUCUGGUUAGAGAUCAAUAGUGGUUCAUUAUUUUGUGUGACAAGAUACGAAGGUUUUGACGACAAGCACUACAUCUGCCUUCAUUCCAGCAGCUUCAGCCUGUACCACAAAGGCAUAGUGGAUGGAGUGAUUCCUCUUACAGAAACGAGGCUGCCCAGCUCAGCACGCCCCCAUUGGUUGGAGCCCACCAUUUAUUCCUCUGAAGAAGACGGCCUCAGUAGAAGUCCUUCAGAUGGUGUCGGAGGAGACAGUUUGAAUAUGCUCUCUGUCGCAGUUAAAAUAUUGUCUGAUAAAUCAGAAUCCAAUACAAAGGAGUCUCUCGUUGCUGUAGGAUUGAAAGGAGCCACUCUCCAGCACAGAAUGCCUCCUUCUGGGCUCAGCUGGCACGAGCAGAUGUUAAACUUCUUGAAUAUUGCUGAUGAACCCGUUUUGGGCUACAAUCCUCCAGCUUCCUUCACAACUUUCCACGUUCAUCUCUGGAGCUGUGCACUUGACUAUAGGCCUCUCUACCUGCCCAUCCGGUCCCUCCUGACCGUGGAGACCUUCAGCGUGUCUAGCAGCGUUGCUCUGGACAAGUCAGCGUCCACUCUCAGAAUAAUCUUGGAUGAAGCGGCUUUAUAUUUGUCUGACAAAUGUAAUACUGUCACUAUAAAUUUGAACAGAGAUUAUGUUCGUGUGAUGGAUAUGGGGCUUUUGGAAUUAACCAUAACUGCAGUGAAGUCUGAUUCUGAGGUAGAACAAACUGAGCCCCACUUCGAGUUACACUGUUCGAGUGAUGUGGUCCAUAUCAGAACCUGCUCGGACUCGUGUGCUGCGCUGAUGAAUCUGAUUCAGUACAUCGCGAGCUAUGGGGACUUGCAUGGACCUCACAAGGCAGAAGUGAGACCUGGAGCCCCUCAAAGGAAGACCAAGGUGGAUUCCAGCCGUCGGACAUCCUCACGCGGUGCAGUUCUUCCUGAAGCAGAUCAACAGAUUCUACGAGCUCUGAUGAGUGACGCUAUGGAGGAGAUUGACACGCAGCAGGCGGCCUCGUCCGUGAAGCCCCAGGCUAACGGUGUCCUAGAUGAAAAAUCUCCACUUCAGGAGCCGUGUUGUUCGGACCUCUUCCUGUUUCCAGAUGAGAGUGGGAACGUGUCUCCGGAGCCCGGCCCUGCCUCCGCCUCCUUCACUCACCACUUGAUCAGCGACGCGCUGGCAGCCGUGCCCUCCGAGAAUGACGACUUUUGCAUUCUUUUUGCGCCAAAAGCAACGGUUCAGGAGAAAGAAGAAGAGCCAGUUGUAAAGAUCAUGGUUGACGAUGCCAUUGUGAUAAGAGAUGAUUAUUUCAGUCUCCCGGUGAAGAAGACAGACGCAAGCAAGGCCCCACUCCGCUUCCCCGUUCCUGUGAUCCGCUAUGUCGUCAAGGAAGUCUCUCUUGUUUGGCAUCUUUAUGGAGGAAAGGAUUUGGGGACAGUCCCUCCCUCAUCACCAGCUAAGAGUUACAUUAGUCCCCACAGUUCACCUUCUCACACACCUACGAGAUGUGGACGUAACACGGUGUGUGCGGGGAGAGGAAGGAACCAUGACUUUUUAAUGGAAAUACAAUUAAGCAAGGUGAAAUUUCAGCACGAGGUGUACCCCCUGUGCAAGCCAGCGUGCGACUCCAGCCUCGUAGAGCACCCGGUCUCCCGGCAGGUGUUUAUCGUCCAAGAUCUGGAGAUUCGUGAUCGGCUGGCAACAUCACAGAUGAAUAAAUUCUUGUAUCUGUACUGCAGUAAAGAAAUGCCUCGAAAAGCUCAUUCCAACAUGCUGACAAUUAAAACACUGCACGUGCGCCCCGAGUCUGGUAGGUCGCCGCAGGAAUGCUGCUUGAGAGUGUCCCUGCUGCCCCUUCGCCUCAAUAUCGACCAGGAUGCCUUGUUCUUCCUGAAGGAUUUUUUCACGAGUCUUUCCACAGAGGUAGAGCUUUUAAUGACUCCAGAUCCAGAAGUUAAGAAGUCUCCUGGAGCUGAUGUCACCUGCAGUUUGCCAAGGCAUUUAAGCACCCCAAAGGAGCCAAAUCUAGUUCUUUCUUUCCCUGGGCCAAAACCAUCUUCCGGAAAUGAUAGUGCCAAUUCAGUGGAUGUGAUUAAUGGGGAGGAAGAGAAGGAUUUCUCGGCUGAAGACCCAUCAUUUAGUGACCAGCCUGUGUUUUUUAGAGAAUUUAGAUUCACGUCAGAAGUUCCUAUUCGACUUGAUUAUCACGGCAAACACGUGUCGAUGGAUCAGGGUACAUUAGCUGGGAUUUUGAUUGGUCUAGCCCAAUUAAACUGCUCUGAACUAAAGCUAAAGAGGCUUUUCUAUCGGCACGGUUUGCUAGGUGUGGACAAGUUAUUCUCCUACGCCGUCGCCGAAUGGCUCAGUGACAUCAAGAAGAACCAGCUGCCAGGAAUCCUGGGAGGUGUGGGGCCCAUGCAUUCACUAGUACAGCUGGUGCAAGGCCUCAAGGACCUGGUCUGGCUGCCCAUCGAGCAGUACCGGAAGGACGGCCGAAUCGUCAGGGGUUUUCAGAAAGGAGCUGCUUCCUUUGGCACUUCAACAGCAAUGGCUGCCUUAGAACUCACAAACAGAAUGGUCCAAACGAUACAGGCCGCAGCAGAGACUGCUUACGACAUGGUGUCUCCUGGCACCCUUUCUGUCGAGCCCAAGAAGGUCAGAAGGUUUCCUCAUCACCGCCUAGCCCAGCAGCCAGUCGACCUGAGGGAAGGUGUGGCCAAGGCCUGCAGUGUUGUGAAAGAGGGGUUCACAGACACCGCGCAGACCAUUUACGAGACGGCGGCCCGGGAGCACGAGAGCCGAGGGGUGACGGGCGCCGUGGGUGAGGUCCUGCGCCAGAUCCCCCCGGCGGUGGUGAGGCCGCUCAUCGUGGCCACGGAAGCCACGUCCAACGUGCUGGGCGGCAUGAGGAACCAGAUCCGACCAGAUGUGCGGCAGGACGAGUCGCAGAAGUGGCGCCGCGGGGAGGACUGACCACCGGCGUGGGGGCUCUUCAUGAAGGAGCGAGGGUCCUUCACCUUCCUCACGCUCACCUCAGGAACAAAAGCGUUUCUCAGUCACCUACUUCAGCAUCAGAACCACACGCACCCCAGACUCCCCCGCUGUAGGGCUGGUGUGGUGGCUGCUCACAUGGGUACUCGAGCAUCUGCUGCCCGCUCAGGAAAUGUUAAUUUUAUUAAGUGACUGUGUCUCCCCGUUGCAGACGGGACAGCGUCGGGGACCCCCUUUGCCGGCGGCAUUUGAGCACUUUUAAAGCACUGUUUUGGUUGCUCGAAGAGCUGAUUUUUCUCCAGGUUUAAAAAGAAUCACAGCUUCAAAGCUUUCAUGGAGAAUGAAAGACAGAAGCCACAGGAAGCAAAGCAGAUAGGACUGUUAACACGAACGUCAGUGUGGAAGGAGGGCCCUCCUGUGUCGGCCGAGCGUCCGUGCGCCGGAGGGGCAGAUAUCCCCACCCUCCCGCGAAGUCCGGGGGCCGUGAGGAGAGGAGUGUCGCAGACACUCCUGUGUUGCACUUUACCCUGUACGUGGGUGUGAUCCUAGAGUCCCACACGUCACGUGUUCCCUCCUUGCGUCAUGUACAAAGUUACACAAAAUGUAUGCAAGAAUUUGGCAAAAGAAGAUAACCCAAACGUAACAGCUUCCAUUUAUUUUAAGUGUAAAUGAAAAAGGUGCGUUCUGUAACAAACUGGGGCCCAUGUCAUUGUAUGUCCAUUUCAAGCCAGUGCAGUGCAGACUUGUCAGGGAUGUGUGGAAAGGGAGACUGGAAGUAGUUUUCACUCUUUUUAAGAUUAACCAAAAAUCCUCCAAAUACACCCUAGUCACCUAUUUCAAAGUACCGUGUUUACCUGGUUAACAAUGUACAUUUUGAUAACCUGUCAGGAAUGAAUAAAGUAUUUUUAUUUAAAGGUAAAAUUGGGUUAUGCUUCCCUGAAUGUUUUGCUUUCUCAGAGCAUAUUCGUAGAUGCAGUAAUGAUUUAUCCCAAGGCACCUGGGGCACUUUCUCAGAAUUGAUUUUGGUUGCUAGCAGGAAGCUCCUUACCUGGGCAUGAGGAGGAAGCUGUUCCAAGGACUGUCCUCGCUGCAGGGUGACCCUGCA